UCUGUUAGCAGUCUGCAAAGGAGGCCAUUUCUCUUGGCACUAGCUCCAUCCGGGUCAGCAGCAGCUGCUCCAGCUGUGAGGAGGGGGCAGGCAAUGGUUGGGUGGGCAGCUAAGUUAACUGUGAGCUUACACCUCAAUCACAAGCCUUUUCUCAAGGGACUGACAGAAUGGCCAGUGAUGGUGCCACUUAAGUGGGGAAUGGAAUGUAAGGGCUACCUGGUCUCUGUAGAUGGCUACAUGAACUUGCAGCUUGCAAAUAAGAAGAAAACAUAGAUGGGGAGAUGUCUGGACAUCUGGGUGAAGCUCUACCCGGUUAUAAUCCUGUAAAUCAGAGGUAUUGAAGA